AUGGCGGCAGGUGCUGCUUUCGUCGUGAAACUAGAGGAUUCUACGUUAGACCGUAGGCUUGGUAAAGGGUAUGACGCUUUCACUUGUUUCUCGAGGGCUUCAUCAGGCCUUGAUCUUCAAGACGUUGUGGCUUCCUGCCACGGCCUCGGCGGUCUUGAUGUCAUCAAGGCUGAGUCUGCCCUCUACGGAUGCGAUGCCGCCAAGCCCGUGUUCAUGGCUUCUGUGACGGCAAUGAUGGACCUAGCGCCUCUGUCCCUGUUCCUGACGGGAAUGACUUCACCACCAUCACCACCACCGACACUGUUACCCCGGAUAGCUCCACCUCCAUCUCUGACUGAGAGCUGGAAGUGCGCAUCUGAGUUUGCUGCCGAGCCCCAGUGCGCCGUUUCUAUGAUUGAGAAGACCGCCCGUGAUCUGGGCUGUGUAUCUGAUGACCACUACUGCGAGUGCACCAACGCUGAGACAAUCCAGCUUACCAUUGUCGUGGACGUUCCAGGCGCUUGCGAAGCCAGCAUGAUCAACGACGUUCCUUUUUCCGUUGAGACCCUUUGCAAGUGUGACUUCGCCAAGCCAGCUUUCACCGAGUGCGGCUCCAGACCCGGCCCUACCGGCGGCAGCAGCGCCGACCCCGUCACCACUACCUCUGCUCCCGUCCCUAGCCGCGGCUACGGCGGUGGUUCAGAUUCUUCCAGCUCUGGCUCGCCCCACUGCCCUGCCGCUAUCUCUGUCCCUGGGGGUCACUGCGGCACCGACAACUGGGUUUGCGCUGAGCAGUUCAAGGCUAUUUUCCAGUGCGCCGUCAGCUUCAUCCAGGACGCUGCCGUUUCCGUUGGCUGCAAGAAGGGUGAACAAGGAGGAGACUCAAGGUCUUGUCUCAACCAUGUCCUGUCUGGCUAA